UAUCCACGGAGCUAUGAGGAAUUUAAUUAUCAGAAAUCUGUCGGACAUAAUUUGAAUAAUAUGCAUUCAGAUGCUGCUUUCAUCUGUUUAUGGAUUCUUAUCACAAAUGGUGUGUUUGAUGUUAAAACAGAUGAAGUGAAGUCCAGUGUCCAAGUACCAGUGACUGAAGGAGAUUCUGUCUCUCUAAACACUGAUGUUAAAAUACAGAGAGAUGAUAUGAUACGGUGGACGUUUGGACCUCAAAACACUCGAAUAGCUGAAAUCAUUAAAAGAGACCAAAUAAACUUUAUAUUUGUCAGUAAUGAUGAGAUAUUCAGAGACAAACUCCAGAUGGACAAUCAAACUGGAUCUCUGACCAUCAGAAACAUCAGAUCUGAACACUCUGGACUUUAUGAGCUGACUGUCAUCAGUGGAAAAACCUCACUGAAGAGCUUCAGUGUUACUGUGUACGCUUCUCUUCCCAUUCCUGUCAUCACCAGAGACACUUCAAACUGUUCUUCGUCAUCAUCACCAUCAUCAUCAUCAUCUAAACGUUCAUCAGUGUCCAGGUGUUCACUGUUGUGUUCAGUUGUGAAUGUGAGUGCUGUGACUCUCUCCUGGUACAAAGGAAACAGUUUAUUGUCCAGCAUCAGUGUGUCUGAUCUCAGCAUCAGUCUCUCUCUACCUCUGGAGGUGGAAUAUCAGGAGAACAACACCUACAGCUGUGUGAUCAACAAUCCCAUCACAAACCAGACUCAACACAACAUCAACAUCACUCAACUCUGUCAGCCAUGUGAAGACCUUCUGAAAAACUGA